CGCCCUCGCCCUCGCCCUCGCGCGGCCCCGGCUGCGCCCGGAUUCUGGCACCUUCCUCGCUAAAUAGGGAAACUCUCCCCCCCCUGGAUUCUCGCCACCACCUCCACUUCGUUAGCUUCUCCCUGAUUAUUCAAGCAUACACAGGAAUAUGGGCUUUAUGAAGUCCUUUUAAUUAUAAAAACAGUAUAAAAUUAAAAUCAUACGGAUAAAACAUAAAUAUAAAAUAUAUGGGUUUAAAGAUUUGCCCCCCCCCCAAAAAAAAAAAAAACCUUUCUCUUUUGAGAGAUUUUUUUUCUUGGCAACCAGUACCUAGUAUGAGUUCCUGAACUGGUGACUGUUGGGAUCCUACCUUCUCCGUGGGUAAGCCCGUUAAUCCACUUGAAGGCACUUCAGCACCAGAUCACGGGGAAGAGAGUAACAGCUUCCACAUUCUCACCGACGUGUGAUCGUGGGCUUUCCGGGCGUGUACAACAGCACUUCCAUAAAGCGUGACAAACGGAUAAGGGCAACCCACUGGGAUACGCCUUCCCUCACUGAGGAGUCUCCUUGGACGUGAGUGUGAUGAAUCUCUGGGACCCCUGAUGCAGCCGUCCCCAAGGAGCACAGACGCUAGAAGAGGAGGCACAUUCCUUGAAGGAGACUCUGCUGUCUUUGGAACAGAGAACACAGCAGGUGCCUCUAUGAGGAACACGGAGCCGCAUGUUCCCUCCCUUCCUCGAUCAACGCCAAGCACACGACGUUUCUCAAGCAUCCUCUGGACAGGAAACGUUCUCUCGCAAUGUGAUCCCGUCACAACAUGCCAGGCAUGUGACAUGCUCUCCACGUUUUUGGGUCACCAUGGCUGGUUUCCCAACCAUGACCCCAGGCCUGGUCCCCACAGUUGUGAUAGCACAGCUUCCAUCAUGACCUGCGUGUCCACAGCGUGGAACGAGGUUGGGGGAGGCCCAGAACCAGCCACGGGAGCGGCAACAGCAUCCAGGAGCCGCUGCAGGAGCGGAGAAUGACCACGGACGCCCUGUCCUGCUGUCCUGCGAGGGCCAAGGCCCGCAGGGAAGAGGGUGACCCCUGCCUGGCAACCAAGAGAGUCCUUUCCAGAAAACCAGCAGCACCUUCAGCAAAUAUUUACGAGGUGCUGUGUGUGGCCGCUGCACUGCCGCGAUACACUACCACCGCUGAGUGGUGCAGACGACAGAAACCGGUUUUCUCACCGUUCUGAAGGCUGGAAGUCUGAGAUCAAGGGUCUGGUUUCUUUGGAAGCAUCUUGCCUCAGGAGGGGGCGUCCUCUGCCCGUGUCCGCCCGGUCGGCCCUCUCUCACAGGACACCUGUCACAUUGGGUCAGGGCCCGGUGGCCUCAGUUGACCUGAAUCACCUCUUUAAUCGUCCCACCUCCGAUGCGGUCACAUUCUGUCCCCCGCGGUCACCACUCCUAGGUUUUUCCUACUCCUCCAACGUGCCAACAUAGUACACAAACCUCCCGUUCUUCUGUUUGAUCAAAAAAUCCAUAUUUUUUGAUCCAGGUAAACGCUUUUAUUAUCCAGACACGGGUCACAAGUCCCCACCCACGCCUUGAUAAAACCUAACGUCGUAUUUAUGUUCCCUUAUUCGGCUUGAACGUAUUUUUCUGUAGUCCCCAUGCCCUGCUUCGUAGACAGACCCUUUCCACUGCAGGUGCACCUUUCAAAUCUGUUAAUCAUUUGGGCUGCGAGGUAGGAGCUCCUUCUCUCGCUUCAUUUCUUCUCCCUGUCACCCCGACUCUCACGGCAACAGGCCGUACGCUCUUAUCUGAGCUUUUUGAAUCCUCCUCUCAGGCGUCUCUGCUUCUCGUCUCAGCAGGUUAAGGCAUCACGUGCUACCCCAGGCGUCUGGCACCUGCUUCCUGAGCAGAGGCUUGCUCUUCUGCUCCGUCCCCUGGGGUCCACCACAGAUGCAGCUCCGAGCCGGACCUGCCCGACACUCAACGCAGGACGUCCCCAUUGGCUGCAGCCGCGUUUCCUCUCACAGGUGGAAACGGCUCAUCUUCGACCUCAGGGAAGGGUGGCAGAAACAGAGGGCUGGGCUUGGAGACCGCCUGGCACUCAGAACUUCUUGUUUAGAAUCAUGUUUUAUAGGAACGAGGGGAAAACUAAAUUCAGGGAAGCAUCAAAAGCCCUGAAGACGUGCACAGACAUUUCUAGGACUAACAGACACACUGUUUGCAGCAUCGUUUAUUGUGUGGUCAUGGAAUUGGCGCGUUCACAGUUACUGAAGUUCACACCACUGUGAUCGCCCUGCAGACAGAGCAACCUGAAAGGAAAAACUUCAAAAUGCGCAAGAACAAUAAAUAUCAAACGUUCUGAUCUAAAAUGUAUAAAUAUAAAAUAUCAGUCAUUUCAGGAAACGUCUUAAGAAAAUCCCGCAACCUCAGGUCCAGGGACCGGUGUCCGGCGUCAAUGGUGCUCGUCUUCAGAACACAUCACCUUAGAUCCAGCAUGGUUAUUUUUAUGUCUUUUAUCAACACAUGUUUGCAGACCUAGGAAAAAAAAUAAUUGGUUUUACGUCAGAAUGUUUAACAUGAUUCUCUGCAGAAAGGGAAUAUGAAUUUCCUAAUUUAAAAUGUUCCUAAUUUUUGAAAAUGUUUCCGAUCAGAACAAAUAAAAUGGUGUUCAUUCACUUCCAACAAACACACACAUACAGAGGUUGCCAAGUAACUGUCAUUUUAGGUAGAUUCUGACUUUAAUGUUUCUGUGAUGUUACGGCUGGAGAAGCACCACGUGAGCAGUUAGAAAAGAUAUAGUCGGGUGUCCCUCUGGGGCUGUAGGAAGCCAGCCCAGACGUGUGGUUGCAGUUUUCACUGUUACGGAAACAUUAAUCUGUCCACACGGAGCAGAAGGAUCCAUGGGACAGUCAUCUCAUUUUCUUUAAUCGUUUCCUCCCGGGGUCUGAGGAAACUAGCUUGUGAAGCGUCAGGACGAUACAUAAAUGGAAAGGGGGCUCGUGCAUGACUGACCGGCCGCAGGGAUACUGGUGUUGCACGUGCAGUAAUAGGGCAAGAAAUCGGGAGUAACUACAAAGACCGAUGACCUCUCAGGGUCAGGAAGCUCCAGGCGAAGCAGUGCAGCGUUUUAGGCCGUAGCGCACCCUCCCCGAAUCCGUAAGGACAAUAAAUGAAGAGGUGAAAAGUAAGUGUGAACAACAGCCAGCACAGUGUACUCACGCUGAACAGCCUGGGGUCCUUGGUGUGUGGGUGAAAGCCCUUCUUUUUACAAGCGGAGACCUCAAGCAUGCCGGCGUUGGUGAGCCUGAAAAUGCCAGUGCUGUUUCCGGGUGCAAACAAAAGGGACAAAGUCAGAGAUCGUUGGGCUGCGGGGGGCGGAGUCAUAGGCAAGUCCCACGGCCAGCACAGACCCCCACGCGGGGUGGGUCCCACGACCCUGAGGUCAUGACCUUAGCUGAAAGCGCGAGUGGGGCGCUUCACCACCUUAGCCACCUGCGUGCCCUCACAGUGGUCUUUCAGGCCGACUUUACCACAGGGGUGCAGAUGGGGAGUCCCCGGGGGCUGACACCAGCUGCAGGCGCCCACUGGGCCUCAGGGUGGGGGCCGCGGACCCGAACUGUCCCGUGAGGCCGGAGAGGAAGCAGGCCCCGUGGGAGGAGACCCCAGGCGGCACCUACAGCUCCUGUUUGUAAUCAUGCGCACGCCGUUCAAAGCAGCAGCACCUGCGUGAGUGGCGGCGGCUGCCAGACCUGGGCGUAGCUCUCCUCGCCGACCCCCUGCAGCGGCUCCUUCCCACCCCUCCCGACGGGCGGGCCCGAGGGGCCUGGGGCUCCAGGGGCAGGUGUCCUGCUGGCCUCGCGCAUGCGGGGCCGCAGCCAAGGUUCCACCCGGAGUUGUCCAACUCCUCGGCUCAUAAUCUGUGCCUAGCGGUCACUGUCUCCAACCCCGUGGACAGGCUCUGGAGGUCACGAGCUAAGGCUGGGAAAUAACCCCGUUUAUGCAGCUGGCGAUCACGCUCCCAGGAGCCCCGGGCAUUCUGCGGAAAGGACCUUAAGUGACACCAAGCCUGCAGAGCCGCAGGUGGGGGCGGAGACCCUGCGUCCCCAGCCGAGAGCCCACGCCCCCUCAGGCGCGGCCAGCACUUACUCCUUGUGCUUCGGGGAGCAGACGACGGCAAUCGCCUCGGGCAGCAUGAGCUGGUAGGAGCAGUGGGUGUGCAGGUCCACGCUGGACAAGAAGGCAGUCUGCGUAGGAUGCGUCUGCCAACAGGAAAGAGGAGGGCCUUACCGGGUCGUCGUCGCGGCCCAGGCCACACCGCCCUGCAAGAAGUCUCCAGGGACCAGCCUGUCCUUCUUGACUGUCACUCAUCAAAUCGGACUUUUACAAACGCUUCGCGCCCCCGUGGAACGACCACGAUCGGGGAGGGGGGCCCUGGCUCGUGCCCGCGUGCUUCCUGCUUACUAGGGAGGCCAGGUCGCCACGCCAGGAGCCGGGGGAGUCGCCCCAGCACCCCGUCUCCCACAGGGGCCCGGCGCCUCGGGGUCAGUUGCCCGUCCUCACACAGCCGCUCAGCGGCACAGCUGGGGUCGAAACCCAGAGCGACUGUUGGCAAACCCGCGGCCGCGAGAGGAAGGCCUUUCGCGGGGUUACCACGCCGCACUGCGCGCCGUCCGUGGGCCGUCAUUCCCUACAAGCAGGAGAGCAGAAGCCUCCGGGUGCCUGGAGACGGUCGGGGCUCAUCCCCCCGGCAAGUGCACACUUGCACGGUGACAAGGACGGGGUCUGCAUUGGGAAGUGUACCUUCCAGCUUUGGGGCCAUAUGCAGACUUGUGCUUCCAAGACACGGAUUGGAGGCUCACACGAGUGUGAAACGCACGUGCACCCAUCAUGAUCUUAGAAUUCACAGUCAGCCCCAAUUACUCUUGAAAAAGGAAAGGGACCCGUUUAAUCAGGAAACCUGGGUCCCAGCAAGCAGUGUCUGGGUCCUGCGCCCGUCGCUCACUGGCUGUGUGACGCUGAGAAGGCCACUUAACCCCACAUGCCCAUUUCCUGGGCUGCUCAAAGACAGUAUUUCCUCAUCAGGUCGCUGCGUUAAAAUUAAAUGUGGUCAUCCACGUAAAAUCCUCAGGACAGUGCCUAACACAGAAAGGAACCAAAAUCGUCCGCUGCAUCUGUUACUGUCUUUGCUGCCAUUAUUUUAAUAUUGUCUUGGUCUACAAAGACACAGGCCAACUGAGGACCGGGAUUAUCCCACCUUUUCUAACCCAGAGCAUUCGUGAGACUGAGGACGAGGGUCUGCCCGCCUGCUGACCUGUGCAAACCCGCUGUCACCACGUGAGCCAUCUAUGCCAGCAGGGGUGGGGGUACAAACUGCCCAGAGGUCUCCAGGGCUCCGGGCGGCAGCGAGCGACUGUCGGACACACAAUGCCCGGCGGCCCCGGGGCUCGCAGACUGAAUGUGCACGGCACAUGCCCAAGCCCCUUCUUUCUGCCAGGAGCAGUCACGUGCACCCCAGAAUAACCGCUCCUCCGUGGAGAGCGAUGCAGCCGCCACCCCGACGGAUAGAAGGACCAAGGCAUGGCCCUGCCCUGGACGCUGAUGGCCGCAGGUGCCACUGGCUGCGAUGGCGGGCCAGGCUCUGAGCAGGUCACCCCACAUGUUAUCUCAUUCGACUCUUAGACACGAGGAAAGUGCUGUGUUCACCUAGGAAUCGUGCCACGGAAUUCACGGACUCCUCUCCUCUAACACAGGCCGGGGUAAGCUGGUUACCGUGACGGCUGCUCUGUGGAUGGUGACACAGAUGCAUGGAUCGCUUACCUAACGGGCCCACGUUCCUGUAAUGAAUUCUGAGCAGAGUUGAGAUCUGAACGUGGGUGUUUUCAUUCAUAAGCCCUUUCGGGGUGCCUGGGGGGCUCCGUGGCUGAGCGUCUGCCUUCAGCUCAGGGCGUGACCCCGGGGGCCUGGGAUCGAGUCCCAUAUCGGGCUCCCUGCAGGGAGCCUGCUUCUCCCUCUGCCUGGGUCUCUCAUGAAUGAAUAAGUCUUUAAAAAAAAAAUUCAUAAGCUCUUUCUCACGCCUACGAUGGCCUGGUAGGUGCUGGAACCCAGGAUUGCUCCACCGCGGCUGUUUACACAGUGGUACCUUCCUCCCUGGCCUGCGGGGGAGAAGCAGAAGGAUGAAUGGCCCCUGUUUGAUAUAUAAAAACAUUUGCUUAAAAGAAACUUUUUCCGGGGCACCUGGGAGGCUCCGUGGGGGGAGCGUCUGC